AUGUCACAAGUCGCCUCCCAGAACCGGUUCGCCUAUCUCGGCAACGACUCCGACGGCGAGGAGAAGCCCGUCGUCCCCGUCAAGACCGUCGACAAGGCCACCGCUCGCACCACCAAGCGCAAUGUCGAGCCUCAGGCCCCCGCGGCCCCUUUGAGGACUGGCGGCAACCGCCGUGGUAACCUCGGCGGCAACGAGGGUGCUUUCCGUGAUCGCGCCGCUGGCCGGGAACGCAACCAGGGCCGUUCCACCGAGGAGACCCCUAGAGAUGGUCCUCGUGGUGGUCAGGGUGCUCGCGUCCGUGGAGGCCGUGGCGGACGCUUCCCCCGUGACCGUGACGAUAGACAUCCCCACAAGUCCGGUGCCACUACUGGUUCCGACAAGCAGGCUGCUCAGUCUUGGGGUGCCACCGAAGGCAAUGCCGAGCUUAAGGACGAGCAAGCCGGUGAGGCCAUUGCCGAGUCUGAGAAGAAGGACGAGGCCGAGAAUGUCGCUGCUGAGGAGCCCGCUGAGCCUGAAGACAAGAGCAUCUCCUUCGCCGACUACCAAGCCCAGCAGGCUGAGAAGAAGGGUGCCUUUGACUCUGAGAUCAGCAUCCGUUCUGCCAACGAGGGAAGCAAGAUCGACAAGAAGUGGGCUGCUGCCAAGCCCCUCGAGAAGGAGGAGGAUGUCUACUUUGCCGGCACCGGCGGCAAGAAGCAGCGUGAGCGUGAGCGCAAGGUGAAGCAGACCGUCGACUUCGAUCCCCGCUUCGUUGAGCCUGAGCGAACCCGUGGCGGCGGCCGCGGCGGUCGCGGUGGCCCCCGUGGUGGCCGUGGUGGUGACCGUGGUGGUGACCAGCCUCGAGGCGGCAGGGGCAACUUCCGUGGUGGACGUGGCGGCCAGGCUGCUUCUAUCAACACCAAGGACGAGUCUGCCUUCCCUAGCCUGGGCAACUAA